AGUAGGACCUGGCGUCACGGUGCAGCAAUGGGUGCUCCCGGCGGCAAAAUCAACCGGCCCCGGACGGAGCUGAAGAAGAAGCUAUUCAAGCGACGGCGCGUGUUGAACCGGGAGCGACGACUGAGGCACCGGGUAGUCGGGGCUGUGAUAGACGAAGGACUGAUCACGCGGCACCACCUCAAGAAGCGGGCGUCCAGUGCACGUGCCAACAUUACUCUGUCAGGGAAGAAGCGCAGAAAACUCCUCCAGCAGAUCCGGCUUGCCCAGAAGGAGAGGGCAGCCAUGGAAGUGGAAGCCCCCCCAAAGCCAUCCAGGACUAAUGAACCACAGCCCAAACGCCAAAAGCAGACAAAAGCCCCCCAGGAUGUAGACAUGGAGAACCUUGAAGAUGAGAUCUAAAUCUCUCACCCCUUCUACCAAAAGUUUUCUCCUGGCGCCAGGAGGUAGUUCAGUGGACUUUGAAGAAAGCACUGCCCUUUACAUUCUCCAGGUUCCUCUUCCAUAAUGGCCUGGUGACCUCGCCUGGAGGGAGUUGGUGGGAGGGAAGAAGGUAGAGAAGCAAGACUGGAGAGGGGGUUCUCUAUCAGUCAGUUAAUAAAGCCCUACAAUUCUCACUGAGAUGUGUGUGAUUAAAUGUAAGGAUGGGGAUGGGCGAUGAAAAGGGGUGAGUAGCAACAAGACAAAUAGGAAACAGGAUCUAUGGAGCUUGCUUGAGCGAAGGUGACAAGAAGCCAGCCUCUGUGAUGGCCCUGUCUUCCUACUGGAUGA